UUUCUUCUUCUUCUUCUUCUUCUUCUUCUUCUUCUUCUUUUGUGUGUGGCUAUUUUUAUCUCUCAACACAAUUUUGAACAAACAAAUGCAAAUGAACUUCGGUUUUGUUACUUUCUAAUCAACCACUGCCACUAUGUUGGAAUCUUUACUAGCUUCUUCCCAAACCAUCAAGGGAUAUGACCUGACCAAACAAAAGAGUCCCGGUUAUUCUCGUGCUGUUUCGCGGAUUCGUACAAGUUCUAUGUUCACGCAUUAUUCAGUUGACAAGCAAGUUCCGUUUCAAUGUCAAAGUACUGCUGCAUCAGAAAAAUUCACUAGAAGAAGGCCUCUGGAUGCUCCUUCAUUUUCUGGUCGGAAUUUAUCCUAUUUCUCCAAGCAUAGGCAACUACGGUGGGAUCGGUUACAGACAAAUGUUACGUAUGAUGUUGCUAGUGCGGUUGAAGUCAUCAAUGAUUUAGGAUUGGAUACUCUUACUUUCUUGGCCGUCACUGUCUUUAUUGUCCCCUCAUUCAAAUUAAUUAAAGCCAGUCCUAUACUUGGUUUCUUCUGUGCUGGAGUGGUGCUAAAUCAGUUUGGUUUAAUUAGGAACCUUGAAGAUGUUAAAGUUUUGUCUGAAUGGGGAAUCCUUUUCCUGCUGUUUGAGAUGGGUUUAGAACUUUCCCUAGCACGUCUGAAGGCUCUUGCAAAAUAUGCCUUUGGAAUGGGACUGACUCAGGUUCUACUAUCUACUUUAGCAUUCACUGCUUUUGAGCUUCCACCAAAUGGAGCUGUUGGAACAAAGAUAUUGCAAUUCCUUUUCCACUCAAGGUCUGAUCUGGUGAACAUCAGGAGUAUCGAUGAAGCUGUAGUGAUUGGGGCUGCUCUCUCUCUGUCAUCCUCUGCAUUUGUUCUACAGCUUCUUGCAGAGAAAGGCGAGCUUCCUACAAGGCUUGGUUCAGCAACCCUUGGGAUACUUCUUUUGCAGGACAUAGCUGUUGUACCUCUUUUGGUCAUACUUCCAGUACUUGAGAGCCAGAAUAUGACAGAGGGAAGUAUUUGGCCCAUGCUUGCUCAAGAAAGUUUGAAGGCAUUAGGUGGAUUGGGCCUGCUUUCUUUUGGAGCAAAGUUUUUUCUCAGAAGAAUUUUUGAGGUUGUAGCAGAUACAAGAAGUUCAGAGGCUUUUGUCGCUCUUUGCUUGCUGACUAUUGCUGGGACUUCACUACUCACACAGAAAUUGGGCUUCAGUGAUACGCUUGGAGCAUUUUUAGCUGGGGCAAUCCUAGCAGAGACAAAUUUCAGGACCCAGAUUGAAGCUGACAUAAGACCAUUUAGAGGCUUGCUGCUCGGGUUGUUUUUUCUAACUACAGGAACUUCAAUUGACAUGCAGGUUCUCUUGAGAGAGUGGCCAAAUGUACUUGCGCUCUUGGGGGGUUUAAUUACUAUCAAGACAUUGAUCAUAACUGCAAUUGGUCCUCGUGUUGGCCUUACUUUACAAGAAAGUGUAAGAAUAGGAUUGCUUCUAUCCCAAGGAGGAGAGUUUGGAUUUGUAGUAUUCUCUUUGGCGAAUAGUCUUGGGGUGCUUCCACUUGAGCUGAACAAGCUGCUCAUAAUUGUUGUUGUAUUGUCAAUGGCGUUAACCCCAUUUCUGAAUGAAGCUGGAAGGAGGGCUGCUAGCUUUAUUGAAGACAAAUAUGAUGUUGAUAAUAAACAGAAAGAUCCUGAGAUGGUUAACUUCGAAGUUAAUGAACCUGUUGUCAUCCUUGGAUUUGGACAAAUGGGCCAGGUCCUUGCCAAUUUGCUGUCCAACCCAAUGGCUUCAGGGGGAGAUGGUGAUGCAAUAGGAUCGACUUAUGUGGCAUUCGAUAUUGACCCCAGGGUUGUAAAGACAGCUAGAAAACUUGGUUUUCCUAUUCUAUAUGGGGAUGGAUCACGUCCAGCUGUUCUUCAAUCUGCCGGAAUCUCUUCUCCAAAAGCUAUCAUGAUUAUGCUCACCGAGAAGGAGAAGUCAAUUGAAGCUGUUCAGAGGUUACGAUUGGCCUUUCCUGCAGUUCCAAUAUAUGCCAGAGCUCGAGAUCUAAAACAUCUUUUAGAUCUGAAGAAAGCAGGUGCAACAGAUGCUACUUUGGAAAAGGCAGAGACUAGCUUACAACUGGGUUCUAAGAUGCUGAAAGGUCUCGGGAUGAUGUCCGAUGAUGUAUCAUUUUUGAGUCAGCUUGUUAGAGAUUCUAUGGAGCUACAAGCUGAAGAAGCAAUCAGCCAAUCAGAAUAUCAGGAAUCAAAUAUUAUGGAACCAUUGCAGGUGAGAGUUGCUGACGUUAUGGACUCACGCGUUCCGGUGACAACUAAUACACCAAAAUAUGAAGUAUCAGUACCAAACCAGGAAGAUCAAGCUUCAUUGGGUAGAAUUCAGAAGGAAGCAGACCUUGAAGAACAGGAUUAUGAACUAAAUCAAGCUGUUAAAUUAGAAGGAAAUGGUGCUCCAUGUAGCAAACAAGAUAUCGGAGAAAGCUCGGUGGUUGGAUCUGAAGAUGAUUUAGGACACUAGUAUCUUCAGGACCCAUCAAUCCCUACACAUACUGCCAUAGAAGAACCCUGACAAUGUAGGUAGGGCUUCUUCCCAUUAAUUUUGCGCCUCUAACCCUGUAAGUUUAGAAAGAUUCGAGUUCUAUUUUUAUUGCAGAGCUAACAGUAUAUGUAUAGGAAACAUGUCAUUAAGAGUUUGUAGGACAGCAUCAUUCAAACUGAGAUGCUCAUUUCAAUUCUUUGAAAAUCAUAA